AUGAGUGUUCAUAGGAAAAUUUUGGAGAAGAGUGGCAGAUUGGAUUCUCUGCAAUAAUAAUAAUAGCAACCAGAGCCGUAGGCUUAGGAGUAUGGAAAAUAAAAUUCCGAUAAUUAAGAUUCUGAUGUUCUCAAGAAUUUGGAGGCAUGUGAAUAAUACAAUUCAAUUAAUUCCAUAAGGAGCACAUCCAGAGUGUUUCCCAGAACUAAAUAAGUUUAUAUGGAUGCCAAAAUUCCAUUUGCUGUCAUAAUACAACCUCAUGGGUAAUCCAUAGAAUAAGGAUUUCCUACUGUAAACUAUGGAAACAAUCCAAUAUUGAGAUGCCAGAAUUGCAGAGCUUACAUCAAUCCUUUUAUGGAGCAAUUGAAGGAAGAGGAGUACAUGAGAUGCAAUAUUUGUACAUGCAUUAUAAAAAUACCCAACAACCUCCUUAAGCCUGUAGAUUUAGAGAAGAGAUCCGAUUUGACGACUGGAUCAUAUGAUAUUAAGGCAGGGUAAGAGUAUUAGGUCAGACCACCAAUGGCCCCUGCUUAUUUUUUUAUGAUUGACGUGUCACAGAAGAGUUAAGAAUUACUAGGAAUUAUGGGAUAGAUCAUUAAAGAUAUGAUUUUGGAGGAUAAAUUUAAUGAAAGAACAUUGUUUGGAUUCAUUACAUUUGACACUAGCAUACAUUUGUACAACUUCAGUUCUAAACUUAAAUAAGUAUAAAUGUAUGUGUUAACUGAUGACAAUGAAAUGCCAAUGCCAGGCAAUUACUUGUUUGAUUUAUAGGAUUCUAAAGAUAUUAUUGUGGCCUUUUUGAAUCAAUUAGAUCAUCUAUUUCCUAAACCACAAUUGAGGAGCACUUAAUUCUUAUCAGCAUUUAAGUUGGCCUAAAAUAUCAUGUAAGACAACGGAGGUAAGCUGAUCAUCUUGACUUCCUCACCUAUCAAAGAGUUGAAUCUAACUGAUAACGCUAAAUCACCUCAGAAUCACUUUUUACCAACUAAUAAUGUAUUAAAGUAAAUAGCUGAAAAAAUGCAUUUGAACUACAUUUCUCCAUCAAUCUUUGUUCUACCUUGUGGGUUCAAUAAUGUUGCCACUCUAAAUCAAUUAGUCAAACUUUUGAAUGGUGACAUCUUUUAUUAUGAUGAUCCCACCAUUUAAGCUCAAAAAUUUUAUUACGAUUUACGUGCAAUUUUACAUAAAGAGUAUACUUGGGAAUCAGUCUUCAGAAUUCGAACAUCGAUUGGAUGGAAAAUCAAAAGUAUAUACGGGAAUUAUUCAAUUAAGAAUGCAGAUCUGCUUAAUUUAAUUUGUGCUGAAGAUCAAAAGGUAUUGAUGUAUGAACUAGAAUUGAAUCAACCUAGAGCCCCUUAUGAUAAUUUAUAUCUAUAAACUGCUCUACUCUACACAUCCACCAAGGGGGAGAGAAGAAUACGAGUUCAUAACUUUUGUAUUCCAAUUAGUAAUUCAAUAAAGACAAUCUACUCUUAAAUUGAUUAAUCAUGUUUAGCAAUCUCAUUGUAUAAGAUUGCUCUAUCUCAAUUAAAUAUUGCCAGAGAUGUCAAAGACUGUAUACAAACCAAAGAAUUCUUAAUUACGGCAACCAGAUCAAUAUCUAAUAAUUGUAAGAUUUUCAAAGAACCCCUUGAAUCAUUAAAUUCUUAUAUGUUAGGAAUCAUGAAAUCUUCUAUACUCAACUAUGCCUAUGAUCAAUAGUCAGUUCUUACAGAUCGUAUGAAUUACUUCAGAUCUAUUUUCCAGUAUUUAAAUGUUGAUGAAUUGGUUACUUACUUAGUACCUCAAUUAUACAAUAUUUCCAAUUUGCAAGAGCAGGAUUGCAUCUAUGAUGACAGUGGGUAUUUCAUAUAUCCAUAACCCAUUUCUUUGGUCUUGGAAGAGGUUUCGAAUGGGGGAUUAUUACUUAUGGAUUGUGGUCAUUGUUUGAUACUUUUUAUAUGCAAAAUACAUGAUGAAAACCAGAUGUCUGACAUCUUUGGGAAAUAGUAUUGUAGUAUCAAUUUAAUUGAGGAUAAUUUAUAUUCCAAUUCCAAAAACAUUAUUAAUGAUAAACUACAUUAUCUAAUUGCAGAGUUGAGAAAGUAAACAUUCAAUGUUAUUGUGUUUAGCAAUAAGUACACUAAGUAUGCACCAUUGUAUAUUGUGAAGUAAGGAUGUAAGAGUUAUUGGGAGGAUGUCUUCUUUCAAAAUUUAAUUUACGAUGAUUUUAAUAAGAAUUAUAGAAUGGGAUAUAAUCAGUUUGUACAAUAUAUUGGUUGA